AUGAUGCAGAUACAAUUAGGUGAUAUGUUUAUUUUAAUUUAUAAAUUAAUAAUUACUAAAAAAACAAAUUUUAGGUCAAGAUUCAUAGCUGCUGCACCAACUUCAGCAAUUGCUCUUCAUUCCUUGGGUCGUAAUUUGCCAACUAACCAAUCAUCAGUGAUAUUGGCAGAAAACACACAGCUGUCCAGGCUGAAUGUGUCAUCGCAUCCUUUGUCAGUGUAUUUGCAAAACUACCCAGUCAGGAAUAUGAGUGAUUGUUGCAAGGUAUCAUUUUCUAAGUUAUCAACUGAUUUUUAUGAAGUAUUAUAUCAAUCUCAAAAAGACAAAUCUUUUUGGGACCAUUGUCGGCAGUACAGAACCACAGGAAGUCGAUGCUAUGGGCUGUAUACCUUUAACAAGACUUUCAAAACAGAUGAACAAUGGGCUUUGAAAGCCAGACGAUAUUUUUGGCCGAAACUAUUCACAAAUAGUUUGUUAAUAUGGUUUACAAAUGAAAACAUCGCCAGAGAUUUGUAUUCAAAGAAUUUAAUACAAAUAUUUAGAGUGUGGUUUAGUGAUUGA